CCGGUGAUGCGCAGGCCGCCCAGCCCCGCAGCCGGCAGUCCAGCUCACCAUGGGCCACCCACCACCACUUCUGCCCCUCUGUGCCUCGGUGUCUCUGCUGGGUGGCCUGACCUUUGGUUAUGAACUGGCGGUCAUAUCAGGUGCCCUGCUGCCUCUCCAACUUGACUUCGGACUAAGCUGCCAGGAGCAGGAGUUCUUAGUGGGCAGCCUGCUUCUGGGGGCUCUCCUCGCCUCUCUGGUCGGGGGCUUCCUCAUCGACCGCUACGGCAGGAAGCAAGCCAUCCUCGGGAGCAACGCAGUGCUGCUGGUGGGCAGCCUGAGCCUGGGCCUGGCUGGCUCCCUGGCCUGGCUGGUCCUGGGCCGCUCAGCGGUGGGCUUCGCCAUCUCCCUCUCCUCUAUGGCCUGCUGCAUCUACGUGUCGGAACUGGUGGGACCCCGGCAGCGGGGAGUGCUGGUGUCUCUUUAUGAGACAGGCAUCACUGUGGGCAUCCUGCUGUCCUACGCACUCAACUACGCCCUGGCCGGCGACCCCUGGGGGUGGAGGCAUAUGUUCGGCUGGGCAGCCGCACCUGCUAUCCUGCAGUCCCUCAGCCUCCUGUUUCUGCCUGCUGGUACAGCUGAGGCUGCAGCCCAGAAGGACCUCAUCCCCCUGCAGGGCGGGGAGGCCAUCAAGCGGGGCCUGGGGAGACCGAGGUACUCCUUUCUGGACCUCUUCAGGGCCCGGGAUAACAUGCGUGGACGGACUGCGGUGGGGCUGGGGCUGGUGCUUUUCCAGCAGCUGACAGGGCAGCCCAACGUGCUAUGCUACGCCUCCACCAUCUUCCGCUCCGUUGGCUUCCUCGGGGCGUCCUCAGCUGUGCUGGCUUCUGUGGGGCUCGGGGCGGUGAAGGUAGUGGCUACCCUGGCUGCCAUGGGGCUGGUGGACCGAGCCGGCCGCAGGGUCCUGUUGUUAGCUGGCUGUGCCCUCAUGGCCCUGUCGGUCAGUGGCAUCGGCCUCGUCAGCUUUGCCAUGCCCAUGGACUCAGGCCCAAGUUGCCUGGCCAUGCCUAAUGCCACCAGGCUGUCAGGCCUACCAGGAGACCCUGGUCAGCCAAGGGACGCGUCUCUGCCUCUGUUGCCGACAACCAGUGAGAACCACGGGGAGUCGGUCUUGUCCACCUCUGGGCAAACCAAGUCCCACACCAGAGCUGGGGACCCCACAGCCCAUCCCCUGCCAACCCUGAGCCCCGGCACCCUCACACUGCCCUCUCCUGCCCCAGGGCACGCCCUGUUGCACUGGGCCGCCCUCAUCUGCAUGAUGGCCUUCGUGAGCGCCUUCUCCUUCGGCUUCGGGCCAGUGACCUGGCUGGUCCUCAGCGAGAUCUACCCCAUGGAGAUCCGAGGGAGGGCCUUCGCCUUCUGUAACAGCUUCAACUGGGCCGCCAACCUCUUCAUCAGCCUCUCCUUCCUCGACCUCAUUGGCACCAUCGGCCUGUCCUGGACCUUCCUGCUCUACGGGCUGACUGCUGUCCUCGGCCUGGCCUUCAUCUAUUUGUUUGUCCCUGAAACAAAAGGCCAGUCGUUGGCAGAGAUAGACCAGCAAUUCCAGAAGAGACGGUUCACCCUGAGCUUUGGCCACAGGCAGAGCUCAGCCCGGUACAGCCGCAUCGAGGCUUCUGCAGGCCCCUGAGACAGCCCGGUGCCCGGAGGAUGCUGCAACCGUGCGUGGCCUUAGCAGCCCACCCCCAACCUGCUUCCCGGGGCCUGGGGACACAGGCUCCAGGUGGUCCUUCGAGACUCACCCCUCCCCCAGGGGAACCCAUGAUGCUGGGGAAAGGGGAGAAGACUAUGGCAGCCUACAUCUUCAUUUUCAGUCUCAGACUGACGGUCCCAGAGGGUCUGCCUUCUUGCCUCAGUUUCCCCAGUGGCUGCAUCUUGCUUCACUUAGUGUCUCAUGGAGUCCUGGCUGCUCCACACACUUCUCUAGAAGCUCGAGGGCGCCACUGCUGGCAGGAGGUCUCGCCACAUUGCCUGCAUGUCCAGCUGGGAAUCCCAGACUCUGCUCACUUCUUCACCCGCUGGGACUCUGGCAAGGGGGACGUCCGCUGUUGGGCUCUUCCACCUCAGUCUUGUUCACCCCUGGGUAAAUAUUCAGCAUUCACCAGCCUCUCAGACUGCUGCUGGGACACUCAAGUUCUAGUCCUGGUUCUGCUGUUGCUCUCUACUGUUUGCCUCCUGGCCUCAGUUUCCCCAGAAGAUAAAGGAGGACCUAGACCAGGCGGUUGUGAAGACCUCUUCUGCCACCAGUGAGCUGGAUUCUAAAUGCUGGCAAUACAACAGAUGGGCCCUGCUCUCAGGCUGUUCAUCAUUUUGGGGGAUUGAAGACUUAAUUAGGGGAGCAGCAAACAGAAUUCCAGGGUGGUGUGCACGGAGCCAAGAGCGUCAUGGUGCCAGCAGGGAGCUCACACUGCGGCUGCCUCUGCAGAUAGGAAGCGUGUUCGGAGGCCCAGCACCCCAGUUGUGGGAGCACUCGGGUUGUGGGAGCACCCCGCAUGUGGGUGUGGCCUCCACUUUUCUGCAGCUGUUGACCUUCGGUGAGUAACGAGGUCAAGCCCCAGUUUCCACAUCUGCAGGAGGGUGAUGCUUACGCAUGUGGGGGUGUAUUUGAUCAACUCCCUCCCAGAGUCUCCCCAACUGGUGCCAUUCAGCUGGUCAGGGCCGGGGGGGUUCUGCGGUACUCCACCCUAGCUCUCCCUCUUGGACUCUGAAGGAUCAUCUCCCAAAGGGGAGUCAGAUGGAGACCAAGCAGGUUGCUGAGGACAGAGGUUGCUAGAAGGGACCAGCCAGGAGGGGCCCUGGAUUCGGGGAGCACGAAGCAUUACAAUAAGUCCCCGUGGGUUGAGAAAAGGUGGUUUGCCCCCGCGCCUGCUCCUGGGGUUUGCCAAGCCCCUCAUCUCUCCACCCCCCAGCUUGUCUCUCUUCUGGGUGCUUCCCUUACAUCCCUUGGUGGGAGGGAGUCAGCUUGUGCAAGUCCUCACUGACACAGGUAGGUUCUUGACUGUACCGGAAAUGACUUCUAAUAAAAGCAGGUUUUUGAAUUGCCAUUUUCU